AUGGACAACAGCCCCGGUGGAGGUGUUAUCUUAUACGCGGGUUCAUCCAGCAGUGCCUGCCCGAGUCCUGGCAGCCCUUCGAGUGGAUACCAGACCCAGUCGCCCUCCUCCCACUCUCAGCCUUCAUCCCCAGAGGGUGCCUCUUUUCAGGAGAUUGGGCCUCUGAAGCAAAGAGGGGAACAACUCGGAGGAAGUUCUUCCCCAAAAAUGGUCUUCCGGUUUCCUGAAGUAAACAAUGUCCCAGUGACCCAAAUUACAACAGCAUCAAGUGCAGCCUAUAACCACCCCACAGUGGCCAAAAGACCUUGUGGUUUUACAGGCACCUUCACCAAGACCGGAGGAAUGGUGCUCCUGUGUAAGGUGUGCGGUGACAUUGCAUCUGGGUUUCAUUAUGGCGUGCAUGCAUGCGAAGGCUGCAAGGGUUUCUUCAGACGCAGUAUUCAGCAAAAUAUCCACUACAAGAUGUGUGUGAAGAAUGAAAAUUGCCUGAUCAUGCGCAUGAACAGAAACCGCUGCCAACACUGCCGCUUUAAGAAGUGUCUCUCUGUGGGCAUGUCCAGAGAUGCUGUACGUUUUGGCCGUAUUCCCAAACGGGAGAAACAGAGGCUGCUGGAUGAGAUGCAGAGUUACAUGAACAGUCUCAAUGAAUCAGCUUCCAUGGAAAUAGAGGCAUCUCCUCCCGCUGAGUCACCCUGCAGUCCACAGAACCCGUCCAACGAAGCUUCCCUAUGUCAGUCUUACCACGGCAAUUUUGUGAGCAAUGAUGAGAAACCACCCAAGAUGGCUACAAGCAACAGCAACCUUGGCAUUAUUUCUUUCCAAGCCAGUUCAGUACAAGAAAUGGUUGUGUCUCACACUUCGACUCAGCACAACCAGCCCCAUUCCAGUCCCACUCAUGGGGGGCAGUCAAAUAUAACUUCCAGCUAUCAUGUUCCCACACACUGCCCUGUCACAUCCAGUAACAACAACCCCACCGACAUUGAUAACGCCAAGUACACAUUCGCCACCAACCAGAACCAAUGCCCAGUCAGUCGGUCUCAGCCCUACCCAACCAAUCAGAACACUUUUCCAACCGGUGAUUCCCAGAACCAUAAUGGUUGCCCUUGGAAGCAAAAUGGGGGAGCUAAAGUCUUAGCAUGUCCUCUCAAUUCAUGUCCUGUAGCCCCAGCCAGUCGCUCCAGUCAGGAAGUGUGGGAAUCUUUCUCUCAGUGCUUCACGCCUGCUGUUAAAGAAGUUGUGGAGUUCGCUAAGAGCGUCCCGGGCUUCCAGAGUCUUAGCCAGCACGAUCAAGUCCUGCUCCUCAAAUCUGGCACUUUCCAGGUUCUGAUGGUGAGGUUCUGCUCAAUGUUUGACCCCAAAGAGAGGACGUUGACUUUCCUCAACGGGCAGACGUACUCGCUGGCGUCCCUCAGGGCUCUCGGCAUGGGCUCCUUACUGGACGCCAUGUUUGACUUCAGUGACAAGUUGGGGUCUUUGGGUCUGGAGCCAGAUGAGAUGGCGCUGUUUAUGGCUGUGGUCCUGGUAUCUGCAGACUGCUCUGGCAUAGUGGAAGUUGGAGCCGUGGAGCAGCUGCAGGAGAAUCUAAUCAAAGCUCUGCGCUCUCUUAUCAACCAUCGUCGCCCGGGCGACAGCACUCUCUUCCCCAAGUUGUUGCUUCGUCUGCCAGACCUGCGCACCCUCAACAACCAGCACUCUGAUAAGCUGCUAGCGUUCCGCAUCGACCCCUGAACCAGCCCGAGAGCAGCAGCUCACGAAGCUAUCUGCUUCAGAGACCCUUCUCGCUCACCUGUGCAUGACUUGUUUGGUGCAGUCGCUGGCCUCCGCGUGAUGGCAACUUAUUGUCGGAGCUGUGUGACGUUGUGAAGCAGACUGAAAGGGGAAGAAAAAUCUCAGUGAAGGAUGCAGGUACAGCAGUAGGUGGAGGCUCCUUAAGCCAAACCCAUCUCCCUCUCCCCAGCUACUUCCAGGAUUUCUUAAAAAAAAAAAAAAACUUUUAAACAGGACCCCAUUCUUCCUCAAGUACCUAAACAUCAAAUCAUUUUCGUACAAAGUGAUGCCCUCUCCCUCCUACAAGCUGUUCUCACUGUUAAAGACCAAAACGAAGAUAGCGAGCCGGUUGUCUGCCUCACCAGAUGUCCUCUGAACUCUGAAGCACAUACGUUUACCCAGAAAAAACUCAUUUGUACUUCAUGCUAUCAGUAUAAAAGGCACUUUCCGUGUAUCCACAAUCCUCAUAUCUGUAUUUAGCAAUAGAAACGUAUAACGCAGUCAGGAGGAGGGCUUUUGUGUGUCCUUUGGUAAUGACUUUCAGAAUAUGUCAUAAUAAUGUUGGACACCUUUAUGUAAAUCAUCCAUUUGUGAUUAUUUAGAAAACAAGUAUGUGAAUUGUUUUGCUGUAAUCAGGGAGAAAUUAUUGGUCAUUUUCGACCACAUCUGACGGCUUACACAUGAUGGUGUUAUGUUUUGUAAAUAUCUUUUUUUUUUUUUUUUAACUAACUUGUUAGAUUACAGAUGCUUGGAUAUACAGUAUAAAUGAAAUUAAUACUGAAAUAUUUUAUGAAGUCUAUACAUUUAACAAAACAUGAAUAGAAUGCUGUAUGGACUGCUAAAGCAACGCAGCAUUUGAACCACUGCUGAAUAUAAACUUUUUAUUUCAAGCUGUGUAACUGAAAUGAACAUACUGUCAAAUGACUCCAUCACCUUGUGAAUAUUUUGUAAAUGUUUUAUUGUAUAUCACAGAGUACCAUUAUUAAAUAACAAUAUAGCAUU